GUCUUCUUGUUUCAGAAAAAUUAGACAUUAAUUCAAGUACUUGAUUAAUUUUCUUUGAACAGGAAAUUAAUCGAGUACUUGAAAAUUUUAAAACAUUUUUUCAAGAAAGAUUUUUGUCUUUCAAUUGUUAAAUAGGAAAAAAAAAAAGAUGGAGAAAAGCAUGCUAGUAAGCUUGUUUUUGUGUAUAAUGAUAUUGUUGAACGUUGUUGAAGAAGCGAAGACACAAACAACAGGUGAACCAACAUGUUUGGACAAGUGUGGGUUAAAGCAUUGUGAUCGGCCUGGAAGUUUCGUAUGUCAAUUGGCGUGCCAAUUCUUUUAUGGUUGCCCUCCUCCUGAUGGUAGUCCUUUCGCCUCCAAGUACAAUGAUGCAGUUGCAAAAUACCUUGCUGACCAUGCAUUCUCUCCGACGCAACCAUUGCCAUCGUCAUCAAGGAAGAAUGUUAACAACUAGUUGCAAUUACAAAUGUAGUUUGUUAAAGGCAACGGAAACUUGUUUGAUCCUCUUCCAUCUGUAAACCUAAUAGACAGAAACUGAAGGGCCUUCACCCAUCAGUAUCCAAGUAAUAAAGAUCACAGAACACUUCAUUUGGUCUC